GUGAUCACAGAAGAAGCAUAUAUGUGGUGUACAGCUGUGCAGGUAAAGGUUCUACAAUAUAGGAUCCGCUCAGUGGAUGUCUUCUAUAUAAGACCCCUCUCCUGAUUCACUCGUCAAGGAAGACUAGAGACAGGGACAAGAUGGCGGAGAGUAUAAUAAAUCUCACCCUAGAGAUCCUCUUCCGGCUUACUGGAGAGGACUACACAGUAGUGAAGAAGACCUCUAGUGAGCGCUGUCAGGCCCCCGUGUUUGAAGGAUGGGGAAAAACCCUGAGCCUAAUUACGGGGCCUCCACCUCACCCCCAGACACAUGAGGAAAUCAAUAGAGAGAAGAUCCUAGAACUCACCAACAAGAUGAUUGAACUGCUGACUGGAGAGGUUCCUAUAAGGUGUCAGGAUGUCACCAUCUAUUUUUCCAUGGAGGAGUGGGAACAUGACUAA